CCUUCACGCAAUUUGGAAAAGGAUCUGCUGGGUGACCUCAGCGGAGACUUCAAGCAUUUAAUGGUGGCAUUGCUGCAGGGUGCCAGAAACGAACAAAGCUCGGGAAAUGCGUUUUCGUGUGAAAUGGUACCAAUGAGUUCAGAUGUUGCUACAGAUGCCAAACUCCUCUAUGAAUCAGGCGAAAAGUGA